AUGGCCGUUUCACCACGUCUUGUUGAGUAUGGUUUGAAAGCUGCUGGGAUCGCCACUGCUGUUUUAUGCUUAUCAAUGGGAGUUUUUUGCAUGAUCUCAGUAUCAGCGCAGUGCAUUAUUGGUGGACUUUUGUUAAUCCUAAUCGCUAUAGUUGUUAUAAUAUUCGAAGCCCCAAUAUGUUGUUCUAUGAUACCUCAGUUACAUAAAUUUAAUGAAUUCAUUGAAAAACGCUCUCCGAUUGAAAAAUCGAUUUUCUAUGGAAUUGCAGCCAUUUUACCAAUGAGUUUAUGUUUCGGGAUUUCUACACUUUUUUGUGGAUUAGCUUUGGCUGGAUGUUGUGCAUUUAAUGUUUGGAGGAUUUUUAAAGAAAGACGAGUCGGACUGGCGAAUCCGGAAGGCGUCGGUCCUGAAAAUCGUACUCAAUACGCUGCAGGGGAAUCACAAGCUCCAACGUUUCAAGGUGCAUAUGGUGCGCAACAAGGAUUUCGGGAUCAGUUGAUUGAAAAGGCUGCUGUUGGUGCUGUAAAAGGUGUAGUUAGUGGUCCGGUCAGUGGUGGUUAUCCAGGAACAGGUUAUUCUGGUACUUAG